UUGAAGCAUGGAACAGAUGAGGAAACUGAGGUUUGGGAGGGGGAGCAAGGACUUGCUCAAGGUUGUAGCUGAUGAUGGUAUUGGCCAUUGGGCAGUGCCAGGUGCCAGGCCCUAAAGGGGUCCUGGAGACAGAGCGGCUGGGUGUAGAGGUGAUUCUGGGCAGCAGAGAACCUCUGACUUUGGUGCAGAGCAUUCCCCUUCCCCAAGCUUGAUAAACACCCAGCCUGCCCUGGUCACUGAGCAGGGACAAAGGUUCACAGAGGUGGCCCCGUCACAGCUGGACACUGUUGACUUUCCUUGGCACCAAACCUAGCAUGUCCUUUGGCUUCAGAGGAUGCAGCUUUCCCUUCUCCUCUCUAUCAAAGCUCUCUGAGCCCCUCCUGGGCACCAGGGGCCAGUCCAGGCACUGGGGACGCAGCAGAGACAUGGAGUGCACUGUCUCAGGGGGAGACAGGCAUUAGCUGAGCCUUCCCAAGGCGGUGAGUGUCCCAGAUGGAGAGAGCAGUGGUAGACAGUGCAGGGGACUCCACUUCCUUAUCGGUCAGGAUGGGCUGGGCGGGGGGGGGGUGGUUGUCUCCUUUCCCAUUAGAUGGGUGUGAAGUCCAAGGCAGUUAGGCACAUACGGGUGCUCUGGGACCCCAGUGGUCGGCUUCCACUCCACGGAUUAUCACCAGAGGGGCAGGGCCUUGGCCACCAGGAUGCUCAAGCAUCAGAGUGCAGCCGCCACCGGCACGGCCAGGCCAGCAUGGUGGACCACUUACUUCCAGUGGACGAGAACUUCUCGUCGCCAAAAUGCCCAGUUGGGUAUCUGGGUGAUAGGCUGGUUGGCCGGCGGGCAUAUCACAUGCUGCCCUCACCCGUCUCUGAAGAUGACAGCGAUGCCUCCAGCCCCUGCUCCUGUUCCAGUCCCGACUCUCAAGCCCUUUGCUCCUGCUAUGGUGGAGGCCCGGGCACCGAGAGCCAGGACAGCAUCUUGGACUUCCUAUUGUCCCAGGCCACGCUGGGCAGCGGUGGGGGCAGCGGCGGUAGCAUUGGGGCCAGCAGUGGCCCCAUGGCCUGGGGGCCCUGGCGAAGGGCAGCGGCCCCUGUGAAGGGGGAGCAUUUCUGCUUGCCUGAGUUUCCUUUGGGUGACCCUGAUGACGUCCCACGGCCCUUCCAGCCUACCCUGGAGGAGAUUGAAGAGUUUCUGGAGGAGAACAUGGAGCCUGGAGUCAAGGAGGCCCCCGAGGGCAAUAGCAAGGACUUGGAUGCCUGCAGCCAGCUCUCAGCUGGGCCACACAGGAGCCACCUCCAUCCUGGGUCCAGCGGGAGAGAGCGCUGUUCCCCUCCACCAGGUGGUGCCAGUGCAGGAGGUGCCCAGGGCCCAGGUGGGGGCCCCACGCCCGAUGGCCCCAUCCCAGUGUUGCUGCAGAUCCAGCCCAUGCCUAUGAAGCAGGAAUCGGGCAUGGGGCCUGCCUCCCCUGGGCAGGCCCCGGAGAAUGUCAAGGUUGCCCAGCUCCUGGUCAACAUCCAGGGGCAGACCUUCGCGCUCGUGCCCCAGGUGGUGCCCUCCUCCAACUUGAACCUGCCCUCCAAGUUUGUGCGCAUUGCCCCUGUGCCCAUUGCUGCCAAGCCUGUUGGAUCGGGACCCCUGGGGCCUGGCCCUGCCGGUCUCCUCAUGGGCCAGAAGUUCCCCAAGAACCCAGCCGCAGAACUCAUCAAAAUGCACAAAUGUACUUUCCCCGGCUGCAGCAAGAUGUACACCAAAAGCAGCCACCUCAAGGCCCACCUGCGCCGGCACACGGGUGAGAAGCCCUUCGCCUGCACCUGGCCAGGCUGCGGCUGGAGGUUCUCGCGCUCUGACGAGCUGUCGCGGCACAGGCGCUCGCACUCGGGCGUGAAGCCGUACCAGUGUCCUGUGUGCGAGAAGAAGUUCGCGCGGAGCGACCACCUCUCCAAGCACAUCAAGGUGCAUCGCUUCCCGCGGAGCAGCCGCUCCGUGCGCUCCGUGAACUGAAAGCGCCCCGAACCCCAGCCUGUCCCUCACCCCAGAUCCCCAUCACAGCCCCAUUUUUUUAAGCAAUAAUUUAUUUGCCUCCUCCAGAGGGACAUGCCAAUGUUACCAGCCCACCUUCUGAAGCCUGGGAGGUGUGAACCCAGGGCCCGCCAACCGCUGCCUUUCUCGGGAGUACUUAGAACCUCGAACCCCCGUCCUUGGGGGCUGGGCCCCCGGCGCACGGGGCUGGAGGCAGGCCUUCGUGCCUUCGUGCCUUCGUGCCUUCCCGCGGUGGCCAGGCCUCUGCUGCAGCCGCUGGUUGCAGGCAGAGUUUUGGGGACCUGGCCCUUCUCCCACUGGGCUCCCCCAACCUGGGCCAAGGCCAGAACUUUAGUGCUAGGGGAAGAUGAAAUGUGCAGUUUUGAAAUGUUGGGUUCCCAGAGAGAGUCAUGCUGGGGGAGAAGGAAGUAGGCCAGAAGUCCAGGGCUGCACUGUGGUGUGAGGGUGGCUUUGUCUAAAAUGCCUGCUCAGCAUGAUCACCAGAGGGUGUGGGCAGGGCCCUGGAGGGGGGUGGGCAGGACCGGGCCACUGGGGCCUCGUGUGGGAGAGAGGUGAAAAGUGUCCCCCACUGGGGGGCUGGCAGUGCAUGUGCUUGAGUUAAAUGUGCAGGGCAGACAGAGCCAGAAGCGCCUGUACCCAGGGGCUCGACCCCUCCUCCAGUUUCCCAGACAAAUCCAGACACCAGCCUCUAGGGUGGCCUUGGGAGGAGAGGGCCAGGCUGUCCUGGGUGUGAGAGAACUAGAUAGAGCCUCCCAACCCUGAUUUAGAAAUGCAUUCCUUAUUUUGUCUAGAAAUUAAUAAAUGAACUAGCUUGUUUUGACAGGUUUAUUUCACAUCCUAUGAAUGUAUGUAAAUAAACUGUACAUAGGUCCGUCCACAUAAAAUAUCUUUUAAUAACAUAUCAACAUUUGUGUAAAUUUGAAAUUAAAAAAAAUCUAUGAAGCUGGUGUACAUAUGUUACAAUUAUGUAUAUUUUCUUUGGUCCUUCAUAAAAAUAUAUUUACUUUGCCAAUAAAAAGAAAAAGAACUCACA